AGGACGAACUUUCGGUGGUGUUGACUUCGCUGGGAUGUUCCACAAAACCGGAGGAUCUGGAGGUGAUGUUGAAAGAGGCGGAUUUGGACUCGGAUGGCAAGAUCAACUAUGAGGAGAUGGUUCAGUGGCUCUGCCGAGCACCUCAUCUUGAGCAGUACUUCCUUCUUUCUUUGGACAUCUUCAAGCGGAAUUUCAAAGAUGUUGACGCGGAGGUGCUGAGUGUGCAACGAGAGAUGCAGAAGAUGCAAAAAGAGUUUGAUGCCGGUCCACCUGAUGACGAAACUGCCGCGAUGAAGAAAUGCUUCGAUAUCAUGCAGCAGUUGCUGAAACAGAUGGAAGCUGUGCAGAGAUCCACCCAAAAACGGAUCGACGAUGAGUUGACGCCGGUGAUCAAGAGGAGUUUUAAGUAUCACGACAAGGACGGCAGCGGCACCUUGAGCUACGAUGAGGGUAUCAUCUUCUUCUCCAACUUCAUCUCCCUCUGGGAGCCUUUUGGUGAGUUGAUGUCUGAGCUGAACUGUGCCCAGGUCGCGAUGAUGGAUCGUAUCGAUUCAGAGGCGGAGGAUGAGAAUUUGGACCACACCAAGGAUCUGGCGCAAAAGAAGGUGAAGUUGGUGACGCCCGACAAGCUUCACAAAGCCUUCAAGAAGAAAUAUGCUGUUUUGAAGGGGGAGCACGCGUCGCAGAUGGAUGCACACCACAAGGCGGCCUUCGAGCUGCUGGGGCCUGGUGGGAAAGUCACCGAGGCUGCGGUGCUGGAAGCGCUGUUGCACGGCCAUGAGAAGAACAGUGAGUUCCUAGACGCCAUGGGCCUUGGAGUCCAAGAUGUGAUGAAGGCAGCUGAACCCACAUGCAUCAUGUUGCGGGACAGCUUGGAAAAUAUCAGAGAGGCUCUCAAUGAGGUAAACCAAUCUGCCAGCGAGAUGGCCGCCAUGAAAUUGGACGUGCCGGUGAUGCCCGUCGUGGGGGAGAGUGAUGGCCCAGACGACUGCCAGGUGCAGUGAGAUGCUGGCGCUGAGGUCUACACCAAAGGUGUAGCCUUGGCGAAGUGUCCCAAAUGCUGAGAUCCUCACGUGUUUCACAUCGUUUUCAAAGGUUCAUCACUGAAAUGACUGGUGUACUCUGUUGCACGCACUAUAUGUGUAUAAGUGCAUGCAGACACGCACACACACACA